AUGGCGAUGAGUUCAACAAUCUUGUAUCCGCCUCCACCAUAUCCCCCAGAGGCCCAUAUGCGACAGCCCAUACCGCAGCCUCUACCACAGUCUCUCCCGCAACCUCUACUCCAGUCUACCACCCAGCCAGAGCCCGAGUCUAUCGAAAGUAUACCUAGCCUCUCAGAACACCAUCGCCUAAUCUUUCGUCAACAGCCCGAGCGCGCUCGGGUUGCUGGAACUAAAGACAAAGAGCGCAAGCCCAUCGAUCCACCUCCUAUUAUCCAGCUUCAUAUUAGGGGCGAGUGUGAAGCGUCAAAUAACUUUCUUCAAAGCCCUUACUACUUUAUGUGCUGCUCGCUUUUUAGCGUAUCAGACGAUGAAGAGUCGAGCCCUAUAGUGCCCGCAGGUGUCUUAACGGGCACAUUGGUAUCAUCUCUGCACCGCCUAAAGGAUAUCAAUAACAAGGACGGCGGAUUUUUUGUAUUCGGUGAUCUUUCUGUCAGAGUAGAAGGAGAAUUCCGGCUCAUGUUUGACUUAUUCGAGCUUAAAGGCGCCAAACGUGACCAAGCUAUCCAUAUCAAACGCACAAGCUCAAACCCGUUCAAAGUUCUCCCUCCCAAAAGCUUCCCCGGAAUGGCCGAAUCUACCUUCAUGUCGAAGUCAUUUGCAGACCAGGGAGUCAAGCUUCGAAUUCGCAAAGAACCACGAACACUUUUGUCGACCAAAAGGCAAUAUAACCAUAACGAUAGUUAUCAUAACACGUCGCCCAUUGAUCAGUCCCGCUCUCCAAAACGCCAGGCCAUGACUCCGCAUAACUAUUCUCAGAACACUGCGAUAUACUCAAACCAUAAUUCGAUCCACGCCACACAACCGAUGCACGCAGGCCAUCAAGGUCAAACUACAUCACCCUAUGCCGCUACCCAGCAGUUUCCUAUGAGUAAUGGCCUUAUUCCCGCUCCGUGGUAUCCUCUGAAAUGA